AUGAGUCUAUUACGCAGCAGUGGAAGCGUUUUGUGGGCUCUGCGGCCGCAAAGACCGCAGAGUGCCCGGGCAAUUGUACCUCCUCUCGUCUCCCUGGCUCGAAAGAACUUCCACGCUGCUGCGUCGCUCUUUGCCGUCCGGUCUCAAGUGUUGAAGGAUGUGGGAGAGGGGAUCACCGAGGUCCAGAUCAUUCAAUGGUACGUCGAGGAGGGCGCCCAUGUCGAGGAAUGGAAGCCGCUUUGCCAGUAUCAGUCAGAUAAGGCGGUAGAUGAUAUCACAUCACGGUACGAGGGUAUCAUCAAGAAAUUACACUUUCAGGCCGAUGACACGGUCCCGACAGGAAAGGCCCUCUGUGAUAUCGAGGUCGAGGAGGGAAAGUAUCCUGACGAUCACUCGCAUCCUGCGCUGGCACCGGAGGUCACACUGAGCAUGAGUAGCGUUGAUACGAUAUCACCACCACCACCUCCACCACCAUCAACACCCAUAGAAGAGAUAUCACCUACCCCAACGCCGGUAGAGCCUGUUGUAGAGGCCCCGCGAUCACGAUACGCGUCGCUGGCCACGCCUGCCGUUCGAGGGCUGCUCAGGAGCCUCAACGUCAACAUCCUGGAUGUCAAGGGGACCGGCAAGGAUGGCCGCGUGCUCAAGGAGGAUGUGCACAACUUCGUAUCGAAGCGAAAUGCAACAGCAGAAGCUGCAAUAGCAGAGCCAGCAGCGUCUCCCUCCCUAGAUCAACAUGCUAGGGUGGCUAUAACACUUAGUACAGAACAGUCAGAAACUCCCACCAACCUGACGCCCAUCCAGUCGCAGAUGUUCAAGACGAUGACCAAGUCGUUGAACAUCCCGCACUUUCUCUUCGCAGACGAAGUCCGGGUCGAUACCAUUUCCACCAUCCGGAAAAAACUGGCCGAGAAUACUCGGGACCCGCGCAAAAUCACCCUCCUGCCCUUUGUCAUCAAGGCUGUGUCGCUCGCUCUGGAGGAAUACCCCUUGCUGAAUGCGCGUGUGGACACAUCGACGGAUCCGACGAAACCAAAGAUUAUCAUGCGGUCCAAGCACAACAUCGGCAUCGCAAUGGACACCCCUCAGGGUCUGGUGGUGCCCAACAUCAAAGACGUCGCCGGCCGGUCCAUCCUGGAGAUUGCAGCUGAGGUGGUGCGACUCAGUUCGCUCGGUAAACAGGGCAAACUCAUGCCCGCCGACCUCAGCGGCGGAACUAUCACCGUCUCCAACAUCGGGAACAUUGGGGGCACAUAUGUCUCGCCGGUGCUAGUCCCCACAGAGGUCGCCAUACUGGGCAUCGGGAAAACCAAGGCGACGCCCGUAUUCGACGCCGCAGGAGAGGUUGCCCGCGCGGAAGUCGCCAAUUUCAGCUGGAGCGCAGAUCACCGCGUGGUCGACGGGGCGACGAUGGCGCGGAUGGCGACGAGGAUCCAGGAGUUGAUUGAAUCGCCAGAGUUGAUGCUCUUGAAUCUUAGAUAG